AUGAUCGAGGUUCCUAUAUCAAACAAUGGGGAAGUAAAGUUAGAAAAGCCGCAGGAGAAAGACCCUUGGGAUAGCAACAGCAGAAAUACGUUCGAUGGACUUACUUACAAGGAUGAAGAGCUAAACGAGACAGAGGGAUACUAUACGGAAGAAGAGGAUGAGACUAGCUCUGCCAUUUACCUGAUGAAUAUCGACGAACUACCCACUGAGGUACAAGACGAAUCAACUGUAAUUGAGCAAUUGGAGAAAUUCAUACAAACCGACACUCUAGAGGAAAAAGAAAAGGAUAAGGCAUUAGAAUUUUUUAGGAAAGAGAAACCAUUGUUUGCAAAGGACAUACAAGAAUUGGAUGAAAUGAAUAUAAUUACCUAA